AUGCUCUUCAGGAGAACGGUUGCAGCAAAAGGGUCAGUUGCCUCCCCGUCAUGCUUGACAAGUAGCCUGCGACGUUUAAGUCUCGUUUCAAGAGGCCAGCAGAUGUUCGCUUUACGUACACGUUCUCCAGCAACACAAACGCAGCAACAUUCUGGCUYGAGAUAUCAUCGGGAGUCGCUGCCGCACGGUCUCAGAAGCAUUCUCGUUGACCAACGGAGGACGUCACAGCGCCGUGUUAGGCAAAUCGACGACCAGAAGCGUUGCUACAUUCUAUACUCUACUUCUGUCGGUGAUAAGUUAGUUGCCUUCCGUCGCCGAGUUUGCGACAUAAUAUCAAGGAUCUGGUUUCAGACGAAUACCAAUACAGUUCUUAUGAUCGCUCUUCGCAAUGGAGGCCAAGUUAUACUAAACAGUCGAUGUGCCUUCCUGCUUGGAACGCACCGUCGCGAAUGGCUUAGAACCAUACAGGAGUUGAUACGGAAAAGUUAG